AUGAACCAGCUAAAAAAGUUUGGAGGUAUUGGGACUUACGGACUUGGACUUCUAGGGGGUCUUGGCUUAGCUGCUUUUGGAAUCCAACAGUCUUUGUUCACAGUCGAUGGCGGUCAUCGAGGUAUUAUGUUUAGUCGAAUCGGAGGUGUGAAGCCGGACAUAUACCCCGAAGGUCUUCAUUUAAGAAUUCCCUGGUUCCAGUAUCCCAUCAUUUAUGACAUCCGGUCUAGGCCGCACAAGAUUACCUCUCCGACUGGCAGCAAAGAUCUGCAGACCAUUAACCUAACACUUCGAGUGCUAUCUCGUCCUGAGGUGUCCAAGCUCCCAGAGAUCUAUCGAACCCUUGGAACAGAUUAUGACGACCGUGUUCUUCCCUCAAUUGUAAACGAGGUGCUUAAGGCUGUGGUUGCCAAAUUCAAUGCCAGUCAACUUAUCACUCAGCGUCAACAGGUCUCUCUUCUAAUCCGCAAACAACUGGUCGAUCGUGCCCGUGACUUCUACAUUGUCGUUGAUGACGUCUCCAUAACCGAUUUGACCUUCUCUCAAGUGUAUGCUUCCGCUGUCGAAUCAAAACAGAUUGCUCAACAAGAGGCACAAAGAGCUCAGUUCUUGGUCGAACGUGCAAAACAGGAGCGUCAACAGAAAAUUGUCAUGGCUGAUGGUGAAGCACAAGCAGCCAAAUUGAUUGGUGAUGCUUUACAGGCAAACCCCGGUUACUUAAAGCUAAGAAAGAUAAAGGCCGCCGCACAGAUUGCAAGGACGCUUUCGCAGUCAUCUAAUCGCGUCUUCCUCAAUGCGAACACUCUGCUCAUGAACCUGUCUGAUCCACAGUUCGAUGCCAGUUGCGAGAAAGUCAUCAAAAAGAAGUAA